AUGAGAUACAGCGCGGAUAGGGGUGCUUGCUGGUAUGCCACCGAGCUGCUUGUUUUUCUAGUGUUCUGUGCUUCUGUCGAUGCAGCCAGCAGCAGCAAUGCGACGUUGAGUGAAUCACUGGAUGUAGUUCUCCAUAAACAUGCUUUUGGCGCACUGGUUCAUCAUCGGCCUCUUACUGGUGCAUUAUACGUUGCCCCUCUCCCUACUGAUCUUGCAGGCAUACAAGUAGCUGUUCUGCGACUGCGGAGCAAGACCUUGUGGAGAAAGGGUGCAAACUUUAGCAAUUUUCAGAUCCCUCCUAGAACUCUGUCAGUGCCUUAUGUAAGGAGACUUCUGCUAGUGUAUCAAGAUUUAGGGAACCAGUCUUCGCAUUACUACAACAUAACAGGUUAUUCCCUCGUUUCCUCUGUCGUUGGUUUCAUGGUCUAUGAUGCAUCAAAUUUCACCAUAAACAACACAACAAAGCUUAAUCUGAGCACUACUGGAACACAUAUAUCAAUUCAAUUUCCGAACUUAACAUUUGAGAGUGGUACUAAUCCCAAAACAAGCUGUGCAAUAUUUGGAGCAGACGGGAAAGUUUCAAUCACCGCGAGAAGCUUAAACAAUUUAUGUUACACCAGAAAUGCAGGUCAUUUCUCGAUAGUUACCCCAAUGGAGAGGAAGGAAAACAGAAGGAAAAAAUGGGUAAUUGGUACAGGGAUAGGACUCAUUUUACUGAUAUCUGGUAGUUUUCUUGGAGUCGUAUUUGUGAAGAUGUUUAAGUUGAAGAAAACACAUGAAAUGGAAAGAGCAGCAUCUGAAGGUGUAAUUCUUGACACAAUUUGGAUUCACAAUAGCAAGAUGCCGUGUGCAAUUGUAACUAGAACACAUCCCAUCCUCGAAAAUUCAGAUUUUCCUUAA